UUAAUGCAAAAUUAUGUUAACAAAUAAAAAUAUAAAAUACGUUUAUAUACAUUUUUACUGUUUAUGCAAGUAAUUUUGAUCAAACAAAUUUUUCUACGAAAUUUUGAUUAUUUACAUGGAAUCGAUUUUUUGCGAAAUGACGUAGGCGCAAAACUCCGCGAACUUUGACCUCUCAACUCUGAACCUACAUCAUUUUGGUUGAGUGCCCUGUGUGUAUCGCUUCAAAAGGAAUCACCUGCCAAAGCAAGUAUUUUUUCAAUUAAAUUUUUAUCUCUUUGCAUCUAUUGAUAUUUGCAUAUUUGAAUUACUAAUUUUUAUUUAUAUUAAAAUUUUUAUUUCUGUAACUUAGGAAUAUUUGUAAUUUCUUCAUAUUUCAGAAGUUAUUAAUAUUUAUUUCUGCAUUUUUUCCCUGUACUACUAAGCCUUUAUUCCUGUAUGUUAUCAGUGUUUUAGUUUGAUAUAUUGUUAGCUUAAAUUUAACAUCUCUUUUAAUUUAAAAAUAAUACAUUUAAUUUAAUAUUUGAUUUGAUUUAUUUAAUUUCAUUUUGUUAGGUUCUAUUUUUUCUUUGCUAUGGCUACUUCAUCAUUAAUGCAGAAAUUGAAAUACUUCAACAUGAUGACAGGAAUGUCAUUGAUUAAUGAUGAAGAAAAGGCAGUUAUUUUAGCAACAGAAGCUGGCUUGCUUCCGAAAAAAGAGGAGGCCCCACCUUGCCCAAAAUGUGGUCAUAAGAUGAAUGCCAAUUCCAGGAAAGAAGCAAAACUUGGCUGGAGAUGGAUUUGCAGCAACAGGAAUAGAGGCAAGUGUCCAGGAAUGGUUAACCCCGUUGCAGGCACAUUUUUUGAGGGGACCAAAGUUCCAGUCAGGGAGUGCAUGGUCUUCAUAUUCCUCUUUGUACUGGAGAUGAAUUUCACGUUUAUAAAGAUGAAUUUUAUGUCAUGGAGGAAAGAGCAGAAGUUGCCAGAAAUACGCGACGAAACAAUAUGCGACUUUAUGUCCUAUUGUAGAGAAAUCUGUGAGGUAUUUGCCUCUCAUCACAGUACACAACUUGGUGGAGCAGGUAAAACCAUUUUAGUUGAUGAGACAUUUCUUACCAAGCGUAAGUAUAACAGAGGGCGGGUUACCAAAAACAUGACAAUAACUGUUUUAGGAAUAUAUUGUCGAGAAGACAAAGAAGGGCUGUUUUUUAGAGUUAAUGGGAAAAGCAAGCGAGAUAUAUGGCCAUAUAUAAAGCAUCAUGUUCAUCCAGAAACUUCAGUCAUUUGUACCGAUUCAGCUAAACAGUAUAAAAAUGUUGAAAGCAUGUUCUCUGGAGCUGUUCACAAGACAACAAAUCACAGCAAAGGUAAUUAAAUCACU